AUGAUUCCAAUAUAAAACAGAGGAUUCAUUGGAAAUUAAUUGAAAGUUGAAAACUUUAACAGAUUAGAUUCUCUCUUAAAAUAUCACAUUGUAGGUGGUGCUUGUGGAACUGCUUAUUCUAGACCUGAUUGCCAAGAACCCGAGGUCCAAUAUUAUUUAACAGGUGGAGCUUGUGGAAUGUAAAAUUCUCCACCAGAUUGUAAAGAGCCAUGGAUACCUGAUUUUCCACCAUUUACUCCAAAAGUCUAGAUGAAACCCCCAGUUUUUUGUGCAGGAUAUAAUUGUGAUAAAAUCUUAAAUUCGCAAAAUGAUGGAAACUUCUACAUACGAGAGAACCUGUAUGUUUAGUCACCAAUCCAAGAUAAGUGGAACACAUAACAAAAGGUAGACGAUUGCAUUCCUGGCGAUUGCGGUAGUCGUGAUGGAGUCUAUCAUCCUUACAAAUACUUCAUGAAUGGAUAUAAGUGA